GAAGAGGCAGGGCAGAUCACCACCGCAUCGCAUUCCAACCCCAUUUCCCUCUUGAGCAAAGGAGGAGGCAGCCAGAGAGAGCACCACCACCAUGUCGGGCAUCAUCCACAAGAUCGAGGAGACCCUCCACAUGGGGGGCGACCACAAGAAGGAGGAGGAGCACAAGAAGGCGGAGGCGCACAAGAAGGCCGAGGAGCACCACAAGAAGGACGGGGAGCACAAGGAGGGCAUCGUCGAGAAGAUCAAGGACAAGAUCACCGGCGAGCACGGCGACAAGUCCGGCGAGCACAAGGACGACAAGGACCACAAGGAAAAGAAGGACAAGAAGAAGAAGAAAGAGAAGAAGCACGGCGAGGGCCACCACGACCACGACGGCCACAGCAGCAGCAGCAGCGACAGCGACUGAUCGCCUCGCCGCGCGCCGUGUGCUUGCCGGUGAAAAGGUGUUUGGAGAGGACUAUCUACCGGAAGCUGUGUAAUGUAAUAUUUCACGAGUGUCAUGCGUGUGUGUGCUAAUCAAGGGAGAAAUGAAAAAAAAAUCCUUGAUGUUUAUCACUGUACUCCUAAUGAUGGCUUCACGGUGCUAGCUUGUAAUAAAAUGUUAAUGCAGAAAUUGGUCUGCUAGCUUGUGUCUUUGCCA